CUACCUACCUACCUACCUACCUACCUACCUACCUACCUACCUACCUACCUACCUACCUACCUAACCUAGUACAACUUGAAUUGUUGAUUGUACAGAGGAUCCUCUUUUCCCUCUUUUCCUUUUACUUCCACUCGUCACCACUUCUAAAUAACUACUAUAAUACCUUUCUAUAUUAAUCCAACGUAUUAUACCCCUUACCUAUAUAAACAAACAAACAAACCAAAACAAACCAAAACAAACCCCCUACUCAAACUCAACCACCACCAACAAUCCCCCAAAAUGUCCACCAUCGACACCCUCAAAGACCGCACGACCCCCGUCUUCGACCCCGCCGCCGUAACCGUCAUCUUCGUCCUCGGCGGCCCCGGCGCCGGCAAAGGCACCCAAUGCUCCAACCUCGUCUCGCAGUACGGGUUCUCGCACCUCUCCGCCGGCGACCUCUUGCGCGCCGAGCAGAACCGCCCCGACUCCGAGUUCGGCGACCUCAUCCGCCACCACAUCCGCAACGGGCUCAUCGUGCCCAUGGAAGUCACCAUCGCCCUGCUCGAGAACUCGAUGCGCGAGAUCCUCAACUCCUCCCCCUCCCCCCCUUCCUCCUCCUCCUCCCCUGAUAAAACAAGAAGAGGCCGCUUCCUCAUCGACGGCUUCCCCCGCAAGCUGGACCAGGCGCACAAGUUCGAGGAGGCCGUCGUGCCCGCCCGCUUCGUCCUCUUCUACGACUGCCCCGAGGCCGAGAUGGAGCGCCGCCUGCUCGAGCGCGGCAAGACCUCCGGCCGCGAGGACGACAACGCAGACUCCAUCCGCAAGCGCUUCCGCACCUUCCUCGACACCAGCCUCCCCGUCGUCGACUACUUCGACUCCCAGCGCCGCGUCGUCCGCAUCGAUGCCACCCCCGAGCCCGACGCCGUCUUCGCCGAGACCAGGAGGCAUCUUGCCGAGAGGCUGGGGCCCGAGUUCGCGUAGCUGGCUUGUUGUCCUGGGUCUUGUUUACAAUUUGCCGUGAUAUUCAUUGCCUUCUGUGCCUUCUGUGCGAAGAAGACAUUUCCGGGUUCUUAGGG